AAAAAAAAAGAAAUCCGGGAUGGCACCUUGGACUUCCAAAUUGGCUGAAUUGGGAAUUUGAUAUCAUUAUUUUCAAAUCUAAACCAAUGCUUGUAAAAAGAUUUGAUCGUGAAUGACCCAUUCUUCGCGAGACACCACUGCAGGGUAUCAUUGCUACCGUCUAAGUUCACUCUGGAAAGAGUAUUCAACAGUCUCUCAUACUUUUCUAUCUCCCAAUCAUUCAAAUUGCUCAAAACAAACACCUGCCAAACUCUCUCUCCUCCCUCCAUAGUCACAAAAUGAUCACAAAUCUUAGCUUCCCUUUUCUGGGCUAUAACAUAGAUAUGGGGGUAUUGAUCCUUGAGACAACCAUCCUCCAACGACUGAUCCUCCCAUAAACUUACUCUUUCACCCUUUUCUACCAUCUCAGCCUUCAUCAAUUUUUUCCCACGUGCUCUUCCAAUGAGGUUUUGUUACUUCUCUAGUGAACCACCCUUUCUCAUCCAAGCCAAACUUAGCUUCUAACACUCUCCUCCACAACUCUCCUUCCUCAUUCAUAAACCUGCAUGGCCAUUUGCGCUGCAUGACCUUGUUCAUUUCUACCAAGGAUCUCAAGCCCAGCCCAUCAUUGAGUAAUGACUUCUUGGUCUCCUUUUAAGACACCAACCAAUAUCUUCUUCUAACUUCUUCAUCUUUCCAAAGGAAUCUGCACUGAAUUACUUUCAUUUUCUUAGCCACAUUCGCCGAAAUAGUCAAAAGAGACAAAAAAAAAUAAAUGGGUAAAUUAAUAACAGUGAUUCUAAUGAGUGUGAGUCUCUCUCCUCUAGAAAUGAAGAUUUGCUUCCAUCCAACAUAUCUUUGUUCAAAUCUAUCCAUAACUGGAUCUCAUGUCUUCAUAUCUUUGAAAUCAGCACCUAAAGGCAAACCCAAAUAUCUAAUUGGUAAGCUGACAAGUCUGCACCCCAAGGCACUCACCAAGUCUUCUGAUUCCCUCUUUGUGCUCAAUCUGACCAUUUCAGAUUUAGAUAGGUUGAUACUCAGCCCAAAAACUGUCUGGAAUCAUAUCAAACACAUCUAAAGUUAAACAUAGCUCUCUUGUCUGACUCACAAAAAAGCAUAGCAUCAUAUGCAAAGAAUAAGUGUGUUACCUCUCCAACCCUGUCCCUCCUUCCCUCCUUUAGGCAUCUGAAUAAAUUACUUCCUUAAGUUUUAUCAACAUCUUGUUCAAAGCCUCCAUAACUACAAUGAAUAAGAAAGGAGAUAAAUGCUUCCCUUGGUUUAACCCUCUAGAUGCCCGGAAAAAAAGAUGAUGACCCUCCAUUUACAAUAACCGCAAAUGAUGUGGUUGUGAUGCAUGCCUUAUCCAGCUUCUCCACUUCUCUUCAAAACCCAACCUGUCAAGCAUAGUUCACAAAAUUCAAACACUCAUGGUCAUGGGCCUUCUCCAUAUCAAGCUUGCAUAACACUUGUCCCUCUUUUUUAUAUAAAACUUCAUCCACCAGUUCAUUAGCAAUCAAAGCAGUGCCAAGGAUCUUCCUCUCACAAAGGCGUGUUGGCAUUCCCCAAUCACAUUAUCCAUAACUGAAGUUAUUCUUCUUGCCAGCACCUUGGCAAUUAGCUUGUAAAUACACCCAACUAGACUUAUGCGUCUGAAGUCCUUUAUGUUAUGUGGUCUCCCAUACUUCGCAAUGAGGACCAUAAAGGAAGAAUUGAUGGAUUUUAGGAAGGACCCACUUUGGUGCAUAUCUUGGAAGAGCUCUAUGAUGUCCUUUUUCAUUAUACUCCAUGAAUGGAUUGAGGGAGAAACAUUAGCUCAACACUUCCCUGAAACUUUUUAUUUUUAGUUUGGAACAAAGUGACAACGGUGGUAGAAUCUUGUUCUAAUCCCAUGGAAAUGUAACUUAAGUGGUGGAGCUGACAAGAAAUCUAAGUGAUUGGUAGGUGGAUGAGUAUGUCAAUCUUUUCAACCUCUUAUCCACUAUGGAAGACUGAAUGAGGCCAUGAAUGAGUCAAAGUGGAAGUUCAGUCUAAAAUGAUUUUUUUUUUUCAGUGAAAUCCUACAACCUCCAUCGAACCAAGAUCGAGAGAGCUGUCGAGAAUUGUCCAUGGAAACUUAUUUAGAAGAUAAUGCUCCCCGAAGGGUGGCCUUUUUAGCAUGAGGAGCGAUAAAUGAAUGCACCCUAACCAUAGAUGAUUUGAUUAAGAGGGGAAGAAUCUUUGUGAAUGGAUGUUACUUAUGUAAGAGUAACACAGAAUUGAAAACCACCUUCUUCUUUGGUGUUCUUUUUCAUUUCGGUUGGUCUAUGGCUUACAAUCUUUUGGGGAUCCACUGGGUACUAGUUGGUACGGCUAAAGAGGAGAUGCAGGCACGGAGAGGCAUCAAAGGGGUUAAAUAUCAUGAUAUUAUUUUAACAUUUGAUUGCGAAAAGGUAGCUAUUCUUCUGUUGAAAUGAGUAGCAGCAGCAGAAGGCGUGUUUCUAAGUGGGAUUUGAAAGAAGAUUCUCAACAUUCUCCUGAUAAGGUCCGAGAAGAUGAUUGGCCUGGGAAAUCAGAUAUUGAAGCCAACAGCAAACCGAAGUCUGAGCUUGAUUUGAGACAACUACCUAGGGAUACUUUGCUCAGAGGCAGAGGUUCUGGUAGGAGUGAUGGCAUGAAUGAUGACUACAUAAAGAAUUUGAAACCCACAACUGAAUGGGAUGGAAGUGGAAGUUACGGUACACGAAUGUCUCCUGGACUUGAUGAAUGGAGACAACUAAAUCAUCAUCAUUCUCCCAAAAAUGAUUGGCACAGAUCCCGCAGAAGUAGGAGCCAAAGUAGGAGCCGGAGCCGAAGCAGGAGUAGGAGCCGAAGCAGGAGCAGGAGCAGGAGCAGGAGCAGGAGCAGGAGCAGGAGCAGGAGCCCUCUCCGUGGUUUGAGGCGACAAUCAGGAUUAUAUGAGAGAAACAAGAGCAGACCAGGGUUAUCAGCAUCACUAUGUAAGGAGUUUGUUUCUGGUAGAUGCCGUAGAGGUAAUAAUUGUCAGUUUCUUCAUCAGGGUGAUCAAACCUACGAGGAUAGUUGGGAAAGUAGAAACCGAAAAAGUAGAGACUCAAAAUAUUCCACUCCCAAUGACUCUAGAGAGCAUUCUGUGAGAAGUGGUAGAUCUACCGAGCAUUGUACUAAUUUUCUUAAAGGUGCCUGUCGGAGAGGGGCAUCUUGUAGGUAUCUCCAUGAUGGUGGUUUAGAUGGGGUUGUUGGAGGUCCUCUGAGUGAAGGGAUUAGAGAAAGGGAAAAUGAUAAAAGGGGGAGAGAUGCAUCGAUGGAGCGAGGAAAUGAUCAUGAAUCACGCAGGAGUCAUGAUAUUCCAUGCAAGUUUUUUGCUGCUGGAAAUUGUCGUAAUGGCAAAUAUUGUAGGUUUUCUCAUCAAGGAGAAGCACGUGUAAGUCCUGAAAGAAGGGCACAUGAUGAUCGGUGGGGACGGGGCCACAUUUCAAAUGAUGUGGAGAAGGUGUGGAAUGGUGCAACAUGGAAUGGUGUGGAUAAGCAAGAAGCUCCAAAAUUGAGCGAGGAAAAAAAUGAAAAAAUGGAAAUCUCUGAUCCAAGGUUCUCUUCUUGGUCAGCGGCUGAUGGAUUGAACCAUAGUUUCAAGGAUAGCAGUGUGUUGGGUGAUGCUUCAGUUAAUCUUAAGGCAGUUAAUAACCCUGAGAAGAAAGCACCUCAGUGGAAAGCAAGAAGUAUUGAUCUCAGCACUGACAUUCCUGAAUCUAAAGGUGCGGACAAAUGGAUUGAUGACAUGGAGAUGUCUCCUGAGUGGAAUUACAGAAUUCAAUCUUCGAAUAAUACUGAAAAGGAAGAGCAUGGUGACAUUCCUCAGAACAUUCAGUCUGAAUCUCUGAAAGAUGACCCUGCACCAACUCGUGAGCGCAAUAGAAAUAAGGAAGCGUCAGGUUGGAUGCAUGAUAGGGUUGCAAGUCUUGAACCAGUGGUAACUGAAAGCUCCUACUUCCGUAAGGACCUCAAUUUGGGACAGGGUGGUGCUAUUGGGUUCUCAUGCAAUGAUAAGAAGGCUAUUGAAAAUUCUAUGGGCUCACUAAUUGAUUUAAAUUUUUCUGCAAAUAUUGUGCCAGCACAAAACUUUGACCAGAACAGCCACAUUUCUAGUGCAUUGGGCUAUUCGACAAAAGCUGGACAAAAUCAAGUGGCUAUCCCCAUUGAUCCUUCUACUGGCUUAAGUAUGAAAAGUUCUGAGAAUGGUGCAUUGUUUCAGGGAAAUACCUUGACCAGCAAACCUGAUAUUGGGGACUCAAACAUAACGCUGAUAAAUCCUGCAAAUCAGCUGACUCAGGACAUUGUAGGCAGUGCAGGGCUCACCAACCUUUCAGCUUCCCUAGCUCAGUUAUUUGGAAACGGGCAGCAGCUUCCACAACUUUAUGCCGCACUUAAUCCCCAAAAUGCAACCCAGGUGCCUUCUUUUACCAAUUCUCAGGGACUUUCAAAGCCAGAUUCUUCAGCAAUCAUCAAUUCCAAUCAGGCAAUUGCAUCGGAGAAGCAGUAUGACCCUAUAUCUGAUAGUAUUGAGCCCAAGAAACAUGACAUGAAUGUGAGCCCCCGAGGAUUUCAACUAAAUCCCAUUGGACAGGAAAACAUCACAAAAGGGAGACCAGAAGUACCACCUAAUAACUUAAUGUCAACAUCUUUUGUGAGAUCAAGUUGUCAUAAUGACAAUAAAAAUAGUUGUACAGAAGAACCUACUCGUGGGAGCCAUGGUUUAAAACAUCAGGAACCAGGUACAAACUCUCAGACUCCUAAGGCAGAUACUGGAAUGGGGGCUGAGGUGAAAAACAAAAUACGAGAGGAAAAUCAGAUUGUGCCAGGGAGUGUAGAAAAUAUAGAUGGAGAUGGUAGGACUGAUGAGACCAAGAGAAGCAGGGAUAAUAAGAGUAUCCGAGCAUUUAAAUUUGCACUUGUGGAGUUUGUUAAGGAGCUUCUAAAACCCACUUGGAAGGAAGGUCAAAUCAGCAAAGAGGCGUACAAAAACAUAGUGAAGAAAGCCGUCGACAAAGUUACUGGUACCAUGAAGGACCCUAAUAUUCCUCAAACUCAGGAGAAAAUUGAUCAAUAUCUAUCAGUUUCAAAACCAAAGCUUACUAAACUUAUACAGGCGUACGUGGAAAAAUUUCAGAAGAGCUAAAAAAAAAAAAGGAAAGAAGGAGCUUCUGUUUUUUUUUUUUGUUGAAUUAGUUUUCUUGAUGAAAUAGGAAGCUGGGAUGGAGUUUCCUGUUGUGUUUCUGAAACUAUUAGAUGUAUUAAUCUCUGGUUGAAUUUGAUGUAUUUUAGUUUUUGAAAGCAGGUUUAGCUGACUUCUCCUAUGUAGAUAAACUGUAGGUUUUGGUUAAAGAGGUCUGUAAACGAUGUUGUUGCCUCGUUCGGCAGACAAAGUAGGGUGGUGUCAUAGAUUUGACUGAGGGUGGAGGAGAUAAUUUGUUGUGAUAUCUUUUCUUUCACCUCAUAAUUAUUAUCAUUCCAUCAAUUUCAAUGGCAGCUGGCUUGAGAAUUAAACUC